AUGUCUUCCGACCACCCAGCUUCCGGCGCGCAACCUGGCGAAUCAAGCGCCGCCAACACCAACCCCGAGGUCAAGCAGGAGGAGCUGGACGCCUCCAUCAACGCCGAAAUCGCCUCAACCGAUCCCAAUCAAGCCGAUGCUAUGAAUCUCGACGGCGCGACCGACAUGGACGGCCACAACAACAAUACCGGCAGCGGCAGCGCGAACAACGCGUCUGCGCCCGGCGCCUCGGGCAGCGGUGGCCUUGCGCCCGGCCAGGAUCCCAACAUGAUCGCGGGCGCGCCGCCUUCUGGCGAGUUACGCAUCCCGACCAAGAAGGAUGCCAGCCUGCGCGAGUUCCUGAGCAAGAUGGACGACUACGCACCCAUCAUCCCCGACGCCGUCACAAACUACUACCUCACGCUGGCGGGCCUGCCGCCGCCGCCGCAGACGCCGCCGCACCUGGCGCGCCUCCUCGCGCUGGCCACGCAAAAGUUCAUCGCCGACAUCGCCGCCGACGCGUACCAGUACUCGCGCAUCCGCUCCUCCAACACCACCUCCAACAACCCCAUGGGCGGCCUCGGCGGCGCCGCGGGCUUCGGCAUGAUGGGCGCCGGCGGCGCUCCCGGCGCGGGCCCCGCGGCCGGCCCCGCGGCGGCCGGCGGUGCGGGUGGCGCGGCCGGCAGUAAGGAUCAGAAGGGCGCGAAUCUCGGCGUGCAGAGGCCGGGGUACGGUGGUGGUGGGCAGGGUGGCAGUCAGGGGCGGACGGUGUUGACGAUGGAGGAUUUGGGAAUGGCGGUCGGGGAGUAUGGUGUUAAUGUGAAGAGGGGUGAGUUUUAUAGGUGA